AUGGAGAACAAAGAAGAAGAUGUAAGAUUAGGAGCAAACAAAUAUUCAGAGAGGCAAGCGAUUGGGACGGCCGCGCAGAGUGACAAGGAUUAUACGGAGCCACCACCAGCGCCACUGUUUGAGGCAGGAGAAUUGACGUCUUGGUCAUUCUAUCGUGCUGGAAUUGCUGAGUUCAUGGCCACUUUCCUCUUCCUUUACAUCACUAUCUUAACAGUGAUGGGUGUUUCAAAGUCUGAGUCCAAAUGCUCCACUGUUGGUAUUCAAGGCAUUGCUUGGGCUUUUGGGGGCAUGAUCUUUGCCCUUGUCUACUGUACUGCUGGCAUUUCUG